AAAAGCUCCCUUCCAUUUAAAUUUGGAACAUCCUUUCCAUACCACAAAUGCCUAUUGCUCAUCCCUAUAAUGUGAAAAAGGAGAAUACCCUCUUCCAUUUAUAAUCAUUCCAGUUAAGAUGCAUUGUAAGCAAAGGAAAUAAUUCUACAUUUAUCUCUGUAAAGAGCCUGAAUUUGCAAGGUGGUUUAAGAGGAAACGGUUGAGCAAGGGAAGAUUGGCUAAGAUUAGACCAGUUCCUACCAUUGGAAUAUCUUCCCUGACAUGUAUGCUAUGGAUAUGGAUGGUGAUAUUGCAACUGAAGGUUUUUUGGGUACAGAUGGCCAAGUCCCCUCCAUUCUGUCAUACUCUGAAUUUGACUGUUUUGAUGAUGCCAUCAUUUAUGAAGAUUAUUAUGGGCUUAAUAUGUAUGGUGAUACAAUAGCAGAGAACUUGUCUCCUCCAUCCUCUGCACUUAACAAUGAAAGCACCACCAACCACCAUGAGAGUUUUACACAUGAUCAAGAAGAUCUUGUCUACGAUUGCUCAAGAGCUGGAAUUGGUGUUCAUGAUGAGCCUCUUGUAUCUCAACACUGGAAAUCAAACUAUAGCAAAUCUGUGCAGGUUGAGAAAAAGAAUAGGCCUCGAAAGAGUGUGAAAAAAGCUGUGAAAAUAAGUCCAAGGGAUAUGCUCAAGGCCUACAGUGUUCUUCACCCUUCUGCAAGCAAAGAUGGGCACACUAAAGUGGCCACUUCAAAAGGACUGAGAGACAGAAGAAUAAGACUGUCUUUUGAAACAGCCAUCAAAUUCUUUCUUGUACAAGAUAGACUUGGUUUUGAUCAGCCCAGUAAAGCACUGGAAUGGCUCAUUGAAAAAUGCAAGCCUGCAAUUGAAGAAUUGCCCAAGGUACCUUCAUAUGGAAUUGGAUCACUUACAAAUGAAGGCUAUUUUUCUGCAGACCCACAUAACUCCAAAGGAGAUUAUGUAAUGGAAAGUUUGGGAAUAGCUUCUGUGGAGCCUUACACAGUAGAAGGGCCCAUUGAUGCUACUACUUUUUCAGGGGAUCAGUCCCAUAUUUUCAGUUGUCUUUAUCCAUCUUUUAACUAUGGAGAACGUGAAAUGCAAAGUUCCACUGUUAACAAUGGCAACUGGAAGCCAAUAGCAUGCAACCAAUCGAUUGCAGGGUUGAGUUCAACUGUAUACACUUACUCUGCUACAAAUCAUCAUGCCCAACUUUAGGUGGGCUCUGCUAAAGUUUUUUAAGUUUCCUACACAGUUUUCUAGGGUACUAUACCUAUUUUAAACAAGUCACGGGGCUAAAAAUCAUGGCCCAUCAUGUUCUAUAUAUGGUUGUUUUUUGGUUGGUUUGUUAGAGGUGAAAGGUAUUCGACAGACAUAAAUAAACAAAAUACUUCAUUUGUAUCCUAGGGAAUUGUAAGGGCAUUCAUUCAAGGAAAUUUACCCUUACAAUUUGCUUUCUCAUACCAAACCGUCAUUAUAUUAGCUUAAUAACUAAAUUGAUGCAUUAAUAUUGAUAAUGGGAUUUAUCUUUUUA